GGUGGGCGGAGCUAGACUGGUGUAACGCAAACAUGGCGGCGUCUAUAGAAGAUGAGUUUCAGUGUAACACUCAGGACUACUAUUCGCUGCUCAACGUGAGGAAGGAGGCUACAUUGGAGGAGCUGAAAUCAUCGUACCGUAGGCUUUGCAUGCUCUAUCAUCCAGACAAACAUCGGGACCCUGAGCUGAAACGACAAGCGGAGCAACUUUUCAACCAGGUUCACCAGGCCUAUGAAGUGCUGAGCGAUGCCCACUCCAGAGCCAUCUAUGACCUAUUUGGAAAGAAAGGGCUGGAGGUGGAAGGCUGGGAGGUGGUGGAGAGGAAGAGGACGGGGGCAGAAAUUCGAGAGGAGUAUGAAAGGCUACAGAGAGAAAGGGACGAGCGAAGACUCCAGCAACGAACAAACCCCAAGGGCACCAUAAGUGUAGGUGUGGAUGCAACAGACCUAUUUGACCGCUAUGAUGAAGACUUCGAAGAGAUGCCAGGAGGCGGUUUCCCUCACAUAGAAAUCAACAAGAUGCACAUUUCCCAGUCUAUAGAGGCUCCUCUGACGAACACAGAGACAGCCAUGUUGUCUGGUUCACUUUCUACUCGCAAUGGGAGUGGUGGGGGCAACAUUAACAUGACUGUACGCAGAGUUAUGUCAGCUAAAGGCUGGGGAGAGGUGGAGUUUGGUGCAGGAGACGUACUAGGGCCUCUGGUUGGGUUAAAAGUGUUUCGCAAUAUUACUCCACGGUGUUUCCUCACGGCCCAAUGCGGGCUGCAGUUCUCUCCUCGAGGCUUGAGGCCGAGCUGCUCUUUGAUGGCAGCACGACACCUGGACCAGAACACAAUGGGUUACCUUCAGUGGCGCUGCGGGCUCAACAGUGCCAUGACUACCAGCCUGGUCCGAGACACAAAGAGCAGCCACUUCACUUUAGCUCUGCAGCUGGGUGUGCCUCACUCCUACCUGAUGAUGAGCUACCAGUACAAGUUUCAGGAUGAAGACCAGACCAAAGUGAAAGGCUCCCUCAAGACCGGCUGGUUUGGCACCGUGGUCGAAUAUGGUGCAGAGAGGAAGAUCAGCCGACACAGUGUUCUGUCAGCCACCGUCAGCGUCGGUGUCCCGCAGGGAGUCACUCUCAAGAUCAAGUUGGCUCGUGCUAGUCAGACUUACCUGUUUCCCGUCCACCUGACAGAUCAGCUGCUGCCCAGUGCUGUUUUCUAUGCCACAGUGGGACCCCUUCUAGUCUACAUGGCCAUCAACAGACUGAUCAUAAUCCCAUACACAAAAGCUCAAAAGGAGCAAGAGCUUGAACUGCAGAGGAAAAGCUCCGCCACAGACAUCGCCAAGAAGAAGCAGGAGGCCGAGUCCGCCGUUCUGCUGAUGCAGGAGUCUGUGAGGAGAAUCAUAGAAGCAGAAGAAUCCAGAAUGGGUCUGAUCAUCCUGAAUGCCUGGUAUGGAACGUUCGUGUCUGACACCAGCCAGAAGCAGGACAAAGCCAAGGUGAUUGACGUCACGGUGCCACUGCAGUGCCUGGUCAAAGACUCCAAACUCAUCCUCACUGAAGCAUCCAAGGCAGGGUUGCCAGGCUUUUAUGACCCCUGUGUCGGAGAGGAAAAGAGUCUGAAACUAUUGUACCAGUUCAGAGGCGUCAUGCAUCAAGUCAUUUCUGCAGACACUGAGCCGCUACGGAUACCUAAGCAAACUCACAGAAUCGAGUCUGAGUCCUAG